AUGGCGUCCAAGGUCUUGCAGAACAACACCAACAGCAGCUGGAUGAAGGAUCCAGGGCUGCGGAAACUAAAUCUGGGGAUCGGCUUUAUGUUAUCUGCAUCGGCUACCGCUGGAUAUUGUGCUAGUAUGAUCAAUGGUCUCCUGGUGCUUCCUGAAUUUACAAACUUCUUGGAAGGUCUUGACACAAAUGCGAGGGGACUGAUCAUCGCAGCUGUCUCGCUGGGGUCCUUUUGCUCAUUUAUCCCCGGAUCUUACAUUGCCGACAAUCUGGGGCGGAGGAUCUGCGUUCUCAUCGGCUCCUCGCUGGUCAUCAUCGCCUCAAUUAUUCAAGUCGCGACAAACAACAAUUGGGUUUUCUUCAGUGCCCGUGUUCUGGCUGGAAUGGGAGUUGGAGUCUCCCAAACUGCCGCGCCGUUGCUUAUCACGGAAUCGACACAUCCACGCCAGCGACAGGCCUUCACUGGUCUAUACAAUGCACUGUGGUUCAUCGGAUCAAUUACAUCGGCUGCCAUUGGGUUUGCUGGACUCACAAUUGUAGGGAGCUGGUCAUGGAAGCUCCCUUGCCUAACGCAGGUGUUUUAUCCGGUCCUUCAAUUGAUAGGGCUUUGCUUUGUUCCCGAGAGCCCUAGAUGGUUGGUCUCUCGGGGUAGGAAAGAGGAAGGCAUGGCUAUCUUAGCAAGAUACCAUGCCAAUGGGGAUGAAAACGACGAACUUGUUCAGGAUGAAUUCUAUCAGAUUUGCAAGAGCAUCAACGCGGAGUCCGAUAAGAGCUGCCGACGCUGGAGCACUUUCCUCGCAACCCGGAGCAACUUGCAUCGUCUAUCGAUUUGUGUGAUGUUGGGAUUCAUGCAAGAAUGGUCUGGAAGUGAAUCCGUCGGUAUUUAUCAUGCAUCUCACCAGGCCGCCAUCAAUAUAAGCUUACAGGUGUGGAACCUGGCAUUUGCGGUCGGCGGAGCAAUGGCUGCAGACCGAUAUGGACGACGAAAACUCUGGCUAAUCGCAUCACUGUUGAUGUUCAUCUAUCUAUCCGCCGCGACGACCAUGUCGGGUCUAUUCCAAGAGCUUCAGGUGCUGGAGGCUGGCAUUGCGGUGGUUCCCAUGCUUUUUCUCUUUUGUAGCGCUUACGAUAUGGCAUACAUGCCCUUAUUCAUUGCAUACCCAGCUGAAAUCCUGCCCUUCCAACUUCGCGCCAAGGGUCUUGCCAUUACACUGACCACCGACUCAAUGGCUUGCUUCUUCAAUCAGUUUAUAAACCCGAUAGCAUUGGCGGCAAUUCACUGGAGGUACUUUACGGUGUAUCUGGCUUGUCUUGUGAUUUUCGGGGUGACGAUCUACUUCCUCUUCCCGGAGACGAAGGGUCUAUCUCUGGAAGAAGUGGCACGAAUCUUUGAAAAGGAGAAGACUUAUCAGGUGGAGACGCCUGCUGAUGUGUCGCAAGAGCUGCUCGUGUUCCAGAAGACUAGCACCUGA